AUGUGGGUAGUGGCGGUGGUUCCGAAACGGGCAGCGAGUCCACAACGCUAUUUUGGGUUCGUUCGCGCCAGCGUCACCAUCAACGAUGAUGCUUAUCUCGCUGUCAAGGAGCUUACACUAAACUUAAAUGAGAUAUUCUCAGCAAACUCUUUGCAGAUUGUCUGA